GGGAGAACCGCGCAAGCGUGCUGGCUGUACGCGAAUAUAUCAAUGUUCAUAUUUCAAUAAAAAAAAAGAAUAAAACCUCGUCUUCUUAAUCCCGCCAAUUAUUGUCAAUCAUUUCAAAAAUUCAACGGUUCGAAUUGGAUGACAAUUCAAAACAUGGCUACAGGACAUGUGAUUAAGUUUUCGAUAUUACAAUUAAUAAGUGUCGUGUAUUGACUUUUCGUGUUUUGUUUUGUGAUAAGGGUGAUGCCGAGUGGAUAUGGGUGUGAUAAUGAUAACUGUUUAUGUGAUUGGAUUGCUCAAUACCUCUUUAUUCAUGACAACAAAUCAUGCGGCCAACACAACGCUGUCGAAACGCUGUUGAAGAGAAACAAACAAAAAAAUAUAAAAUGAAACGGAAAUGUCUCCAACUGUUGGCAACAGACGUUUCAUAUUAAAAUAUAAAGUUAAUCUAACGUAACUGAAUUCGAAAUUAAAUAUAGAUUUUAACAUUAAUAUUGCUAUGUCUAGUGAAUUGAGUGAUAAUUAGGUGAACACGGGUGAUGAUGAUGGAUGAAUAACAACUGUGAUGGGGUGUGGUCAGAGCAAAAUAAAUCUCUACCCGAGAAGAAACAAAAAUGGCGGAAAGGGUAACAGUGCCAAAAAGUCAGGCGCAGCGGACAAAGAAGCAGACGAGGAGGAGGGCACGGCGGGGGGGACAGCGCCUGCAGAUGAUACCGAUGAUGACGCGGAACAGAGCAAGCAUAUCCUGCCACUUGCUGCACACCCACCAGCAAUUGAGGUGUCGGCCAGUCAACAGGAUUUCUUCAAAAUGUUGGACGAUAAAAUUGAAAAGGGUAAAGACUACGACUCGUCCAGCGAAACUGAAGUACGACUAGAAAAGGAACGACGAAGAAUUCUCAUAGACCAGUGGCGAUCAGCGUCACAGUCGUCCCAAUCUUUCCAAUCACAACCAAGUCCUCCAACUCCCGCCAGAAGGCGUGUUCCCAGACCACAGCCACCAGAACGUCAAAGCAGUCCGGGGUCACCUAGACGUUGCUACCGACAGCAACAUGUACCUGAUGGAAUGUCACCUCCUUCGAGAAGAGCGCACAGCGCACAAUCUCAUCAUCAAGGAGAGCCGCGACAAAUCAACGGUGACAAUUGGCAGGAUCCUACCAAGUCACCGGUCAAGCGACCACAGAGUGCUGGAGCAAAUUGGAAGAACAACCCUAAAGUUGGGCCUUACAAUCAAAAGCCUAAGAAAAAUGAAGCUAACGAAUGCCAAAGAUCGAAUCAAAAAGAAGAUAUGACGGGAUCUGGCCAAGAUAUGUCGCAAAUAACAUACAAUCCUACAUUCCAAACACACAGCCCCGCGCAUUCAGCAAAGUCUCAACAGCCAUAUAAAGCACAAAUAAUAAGUUAUCCGAUGUCACAACAAGUUACGCCACCAUCGCCCCCUAAAUACAUAGCACCUCCAGAGGAAUACCAGGAUCCACAAAAUAAUGUUGUGGACAAUAAAUAUAACAAUCAAAGGCAACAGCAGCCCGCCACGCCUGCCAAUUCUCAACCGCAUAUUUAUUACAUACAUGGAAAUUCGACUACAAAUAUUAACCAAGAUUUGGCACAACAAAGGCAACAAACUGCUAUACAUUUGCAACAAUAUGUCGCUAUGAAACAAGCGCAGCAACAGAUGUUCACUUACUUACAGAGGGGUCCACAUACAGUGUUUCCAAAUGUAGAAUAUAGUCAAAGUCCAAACCCUAACCGUAUGUACGAAGGUGAAGAAUACAUUCCUCAAUACACGCAUCCGAACAUGAGACCUCACAGCGCUCCUACACCGGUAGGGGUCGUUCGGCCAAUGCCUGUAGCCCCCGGUUUUAAUUUACCCGAUGGCGCGCAUAUGGUUCCAAUGCCAAUGUGGCCUCAUAUGGCACCAGUGGUGUCUACAAUGGGUCCUUGGGUUCAGGGACAAGUACCGCCUGAAAUGCAGUACUACCCACAGUCACAAUUCGUACCAAUGUACCGGCCGAAUUCUGCGGGCUCGGCGGGAACGUUAACUAGGUACCAUAAAAAGGAAGGUGAUGGGGAAGUGAAGAAUAACGUGUGCCAAAGCAUAAAUCUAGUCAGACAGAAGCCGAUCGGGCAGAUCGUGUCGAUACCAGGGCAGGACCUGACCGUGUGCAAUAGUACGAGCGACAGUCCUAGCCCGGCGUCAGUGAGCACAGACAGUGGAGUGUCCCCCGGUAACAGUGCGCCGAGUUCCAAAAAUUCCGGUUUUAGUACACCGUCGAGCGGGACUGACUCGUUUAGCAAUGCUUUAGAUAAUAAAACAAAAAAAAAUAAAACUGUCCCUUUCCACUCGAGAUCUUUAAAAAAUUCAAAGAGUCUAGAUUCUUAGUAAAAGUUUGUAAUUAUGUAGAUUUUCUAAAUGUACUUAGUAUCUAGUUGAUGAUAAUGUGUAAAGUAAAAAUUAGAUUCCAAAGUGCUUAUCUUUGUAUAAUUGUGAAUUUAUGGAGCAUUUUUUAUGAGUCGGUGUUGCAGUCGCUCUAUUCAAUGUAGUUACCUUAUCUUACCUUUAAACUUGAUAUCAAUGUCUCACUGUGAACUUUUUAUUGUGGUAAUUUAAUUUGUGAAAACGAAACGAUCAAUUCCAUUAGAAAACUACUUCAAUUACUACUUUAUCAUUCUACCAACAAUGUGUUAAAUUUAAGUAAAUUUUAUUUUAAGACACGGAUUUUUUUUUAUAAUUUAUUAUCUUUCCAAAUUGGAAUUAGAUUCUAUCUAAAUAUAUGUUUAGAUAAAGACAUGUAAAUGGUACGUUUAAGUGCGGAACGAUGCAUUUUAAA